UCGUGUCUCGAGAUCCAAGCUAUUAUCUUCAACACCAAUUCAAAACACUUACCUCUUUGAAACCUUUAUGAUAGGAAUUACGCUCAUAUAGAGCUUCUAUUCUGAACUGGCAAAUUGUUUCUGAUGUCGUCCUUAAGAAACCCGCGAUGUUACUUGAACGUAUCAGAAAUACUGGAUUCGCAAGAGGUCUCCCAAAACGCAAGGUAUUACAGGAUCCAAUUGUGAAUGGGGUACUGAAGAAAGCCGUUCUAUUGUCUUCCGGGCUCACCACAUCAUCCUUCAACAAAAAUCCCGACGAACAACUAGCGCUUCGCUAUAUAUGGAGAAAAGGUUGGCUGCACGCGCAGAAAACCGGGGAUGAUACCAGAUACGUCUUCCCAACCGACUUUCAUAGAUGUGACAUACAGCCACUACCAUACUCAUCUCCUCUAAAACUUGCCGAAGAUGUUGUGAAAAGAUUUAGUCCCCGCCAACUUUCAGAACCCACAAGAGCCAUGAAUCGAGAGACGUCACCACUGGAAGAUCAGUACGGCAAGGAAUUCUACCGCUGCAUAGACGAGGUCUUGCGCGGUCGUUUGCUUGUGUCUCCGGAAUUUGUGAUUGACUCGGGUAUUCAAGGCGGCAGUUUGGACUUUUACAUUUCAGACAUGAACUGAGGUAUCGAGCUACUAAGAGACAACGAUCGCAUCCAAGACCAUCUAAAUCGGUUUGCGGCCGGGGGACAAUACCACCGCCUCGUACAGGAGAAGAACAUGGAUCAGUGGAUUGUCCUCAAUUUCACGAACAAACGACCCAGCAAGAAACGAACAGUUACUUUAACGCGUACCCCUAUCUCUAGAGCUCACCUAAUAUCUUGCUUAGAACACCACGGCCGACUCUACCACGUUGUCUUCUCGAACAACUUCAGAUCUGUACAAAUACUGCAU